AUUAUGAAUCUUGGACAGACGAGACACAUUAAAGAAAGUUAUUCUCAAGUGACACUCUCACAAAAAUACGGCGAGCCGCAUUUCUGCCCUACUAAACAGUACGCUGCUAAAGGUGGCGUAAUAUUUUGCCAUACUAUUUAGUAAGAUAGCAUGCGGUUUUAGAAAGAGACCACAGCGAAAUCCCAAAUACCACUUUCACGGACUUGUAGUGCACUAUAUAGGGCGCAGGAGCCGUCUACUUCAUGCGCUGUGUAGUGCACGUUGUGUAGUGGAGCAGAGAGCUAUUUGGGAUUCCGCCCUCGUCUCUGAUUGUAAGAAGAAGUGCUAAGUUUCGCUAGCGCUGUACCGAGCCCCGCUUUUCCCCACCGCGUAUCUCCGGUGUCCUAAAUGGCUCGUUUUAAAUUGCUCCUGUGACGGAAUAUCUUGUUUCUACCCUCCCUUCGAUACGUGUUGAUGUCUUUAACCUGACAGCUCCAGAUUUGAACGUUUUUAAUUCUCCCCAGAUCGUCUGGGUCCUGAUGUGGCCACGCGGAGGUUUAGUGCAGCGGACAAGCUGAAGAACUCUGGCACCUGGAUCUGAGACCAAAAACACACACGCACACACACAGGCAGAGAGACUGACGUUCAUAGUUUUCAGCAGAACCUGAUAGCCACCCUGUUGCCAUGUCGACCUCAUCGCUAAGACGACAAGUGAAGAAUAUUGUUCACAAUUACUCUGAAGCAGAGAUUAAGGUCAGGGAAGCAACUUCCAAUGACCCCUGGGGUCCGUCCAGUUCUCUGAUGUCAGAGAUUGCAGAUCUGACAUAUAACGUAGUGGCCUUCUCAGAAAUCAUGAGCAUGGUGUGGAAGAGACUUAAUGAUCACGGGAAGAACUGGAGGCAUGUGUAUAAGGCUAUGACUCUUAUGGAGUAUCUGAUUAAGACGGGUUCAGAAAGAGUGGCACAGCAAUGCAGGGAAAACAUCUACGCUGUCCAGACACUCAAAGACUUUCAAUACAUAGACAGAGACGGAAAAGACCAGGGUGUAAAUGUAAGAGAGAAAGCCAAGCAGCUGGUGACUCUUUUGAAAGAUGAAGAAAGGCUACGGGAAGAGAGGAUCCACGCACUAAAGACCAAAGAGAAGAUGGCACAGACCUCAAGUGCGUCUUCGGCUCCCUCGGCUCCUACUUUAGGACUGCACUCGGGCUCGGAUCAGGACCAGGCAUGGCCACAGAGCUCAGGGGAGGAGGACCUCCAGCUGCAGCUGGCAUUGGCCAUGAGCAAGGAGGAGGCGGAGCAGACUAGCGCUGACCCUCUGGAGGAUGCAGAACUCCGCUACGCGCUCACGCUCAGCAAGGAGGCUCAACAAGAGGAGGAGCGUCUGCGCCGGGGAGAUGAUCUAAGGCUGCAGAUGGCCAUCGAGGAGAGCAAGAGGGAGAAAGCCAAACCUGAGGAGUCCUCCCUGAUGGAGCUGAGUUCUGUAGACCCGUGGGGAGCUCCAGCAGCUCCAGGAUCCACUGGCCCAUCUCCUCCUCCGUCUGUGACCCCUGCCCCUUCAGCAGGACCUUGGGGCCAUAGUGACCCCUGGGGGGCAGCAUCCCCUGCCUCUCCCCCUACUACUGACCCAUGGGGGGGUGGGCCACCUUCAGUAGCCCCUCCUCCAGACCCAUGGGGGGAAUCUUCCGCAGUGAACUCUGACCCCUGGGCAUCUACAGCCGUGACCCCUCCUAGUACAGAUCCCUGGGCUUCGUCAGUGCCUGCAGCCCCAACCUCACUCUCAGGGUCAUCUGAUCCCUGGGCUGGGGAAGGGGUUGCCCCAGCAAGUGAUGCUCUGACCUCUGACCCCUGGAGUGGUCCCACUAAACACACAAAUGGCACAGGAGAUCCAGACAGGAGAGGCUCCACAGUAACAGGCAGUGAUGCAGGUGGUGGAGGAAGCACAGGCUCUCCAGUGCCAUUUGACCUCUCAUCACUCGGCUCCUCUCUGCCGGUUCGGAAAACGCCGGAGUCGUUCCUGGGGCCCAACGCAGCACUGGUGGAUCUGGACUCCCUCGUAUCAUCAAAACCCAAACCCAGACAGACCCCUCCCACCAUGACUUCAUCUCACAACCCUUUUCUUCAGUCACAGAGCCCCUCACCUGCACCAGGUGUGGCAGUCACUCCAGGCAGCACCAUUUCCAGCCGUGGUGUGUCACCAACACCAGCUUCAUCUUCGAACCCGUUUGGUGUGGCCCCAAUGGCCUCCAUUUCCCCUCAGCCUUCCUCUCUUGGUCUAAGCCAGCUACGUACCAGUCCUGUCCCUCCUAACCCGAUGCUGAGCCAAAUGCCUCCAAUGGGAAUGGUUCAGCCAGGGAUGAGCAUGCCAGGAAUGGGGGUCCCUAUGGCGGCCCCCAGCAUGAGCAUGGGAAUGGUACAGUCCAGUCCGAUGGGAAUACCUUUCAGUGGAAUUUCUCCCAUGGGUCCUGCGGGGAACUCCAUGCUGAUGGGCUCGGGGGGAGUCACUCAGCCAGCACUGGUUUUGGGUGGCCCGUCGGGAGUAGGCGGGGUUAUGGGUGCCGGAGGAGCUGUGACAGGGGGUGGGGCUACAGGUGCAAGCACCAAUCCGUUUCUUCUCUGAGAAAUUUCAAGGCUCCCCUUCUGACCUUUCCACUUGAAAAACUGCCCCAUUAACACAGUGUGCAACACGUGUACAUCAUUAUAUUUAAAGCAUUUCAGAUCUCACUUUAUUCCAUUUCAUUUUGCUUUAUAAGAAAUAAGAGGUAGUGGGAGAGCUAAAGGUCUGUUUCAUUUUAGUUAUUUUUUCUCAUUUGUUUUGGGGGUCUUUGACAUGCACAUGUAUGAUUAAGAAGGGUCAUUCAGUCAGUGUGGUUGUGUAAAAAUAAUUAUUUUAUUUCACAGAAAUUGAAGAACUGAAUGACAGAAGAAAUGGGAGAGAAAUUAGCCACUAAUAAACUGAUAUAAUUGAAUCACCCACACCUCUGUACUCUAGAGACGAAGUAGUAGUGACACUUGGAGUGUGCAUGAAGGAGCGCUUAAACUCCCACUGCUUGGACUGAGAUCAGAUCGUCUUUGCAUUUCAGCCACAUCUCUGAUCAAACCGGGUGUAUUACUUUUAAUUUAAUUCAAUGUGUAAUUUUUUUUUUCCUAAUUUAUUAUCGUUUUUCUCCUGGGAUCAAAUAACCGAGGAAAAUAACAUUGAAAUACAGCCAUUGAAUGCGAUGCCUGAUUUAACAUUCUUUACCCUGUGACAUUUCAUUGCAGACUGAUGAAGUGAUUCUUCUACACAUCUGGGUUGAGACAGGAAGGUUGUGUGCGUGCGUGAGCGCGCGUGUCCAGUCUGUCCAUGUACCCUAAUGCUGUGUUUAUUACAUAAAACCUCAUCUGUGGGGGAUUUGUGUCUGCAUUACAGUGCAACACUUCACUGCUUGUCCAUGAAGGCAUCUGUAUUUAGUGUUGAUGUCCUUUUAUUCAUUUUCUUUCACAAUUUUUGUUGUGACUUGAAGCAUUAGUCAGAACUGUCACAUGGGACACAAGAUUUUAUUCUCACUUUGCACCACCCACCUACUCUUUCCCGUAUGUUUCUGAAACAAAAUGGGUGGGUGGACUUUAAAUGCUUCUAAAAUUGUGACCUGGAUGAAACAUUUGCGAAAAUUGAAAUGAUAAAAUUUGGGGGACUGAAUAACAAUCCAUGCUGUUAUUCUUAAUUUACUUUUGAUGAAUUAUUUUAUAUAUGAAGAUCUCUUAUACUGGGUAAGCUAAAAGAUUAUGGUGUUGACUGUGAAUAUUCACAUUUCAAACAAUGGAGGAGGAAAAAAUAAAUGUAAGAAAAAAGGUA